UUCUGUGCUUUCACUCAUACGUGUGUAAUGCAGGUCCUGCCAAUCCCCAGCUGAGCCCUUCAUUGCCUGAGCCACUGUCAGUUGCCUCUUCCAGCACAUGCCCCAUAUCACCCAUCAGUCCCAUCUCUGCAUGGGUGAACAGUUUUGAGGUGCCAUGGAACAAAGUGAGGCCCACUCUUAGAAGAGCAGUAGAUGCUGGUGAGAGGCCAGCUCCGGAUGACCGCAGACACUUGAUGAGAGUCACCGUUGAUGCAAUGAGAGAGCAUUCCUUGAACCCUACUCGCAGAGAGUGCGUGGUAGUGGCAAAAGCCAUAACUCAAAAAUAUCCAAAUAGCUUUUUAGACAAAAAUGAAGAGGGGGAGCUAAUUGGAUGUGGGUAUUUCAGCGUUAUAAAUCAGCUCAAGACCAGAGUAGAAUAUUUGAAUCGAGGCAACACUCUUUCCCGUCUGAGGAAGCACAAACGCACCCAGAGAGAUGAUGAGGAUGGUGAUGAUGACCAGCCAGCAGUAGCUACAUGUGUAAGAGUCGACAGUUAUGGGUGUGUUCGUUGGCAGCCAGAGGACUAUCCAGAUGGGGAAACAUCAGCAUCAUUAGAGGAAAAGAAGCUUGAGAUGUUGGAUAUAUUCAGCCGAGAGGGUCUCAAGGGCGCUGAGAGAGGAAGGGUAGAAGACCUAAUGGCAAUCACUUAUGCCAAACAGCGUGAAUACAUCAACGCAAAGCCUUCCCCAAGCAUUCUGGAUGUGGGUAAAGAGUGGCCAUUUCUCUUUUCACAAAAGUUUUUAUUGUCCCACUUCACCACUCUCACCAAUGUUGAACUAUACACAAGACUGAGCAAAGAUUUGGACAAAAAGGGUAAAAGACUCCUGGAUUUCUUCAGUAGUCAGAUUACAAGGUGGAGGAAGGAAGUAAGAGCUGUUCUGAAGGAAGCCCUAAAGAAGGACCGAGAAGGAACUGAUGGCCUAGCAGCGAUGCUUGUGAUGUUGGCACACUUCAAAGAGCAAGAGGAGUCACUUUUUCUCAUUGCUGAUGUGACUACCACUCCCACAGACGCAGAGGCCCAGCUGUCUCUCCCCAUCACUCCAAGGAUCAUCAUGCUCGGAGAGACAAUCCUGACUGCAAAAAAAUGGAUGCUGUCGAUCGAGGGGAGGGUCGUAAUCCCACCUGGUGCUCACCUGGCUGACUUCACCACUGCCUUGGUCGCUCUCUUCGCCUGUUACUAUGUAUUCAACCUAGAGUAUCAGGUGGAAGCCAGCACAACCCUGGAGUUUGUUCAGAGGUUUUUUGUCAGGAUUAAUCCUGACUCCAACAAGUGCACUGCAAAGGAGCAGAUGAGCAAGACGACUGGGAGAGUGGUGAAGCGGAAGACUUCAUACAUGAACCCCCAUGUAAUCUCCUUCAUCAGGGACUUCACUGAGUUCUAUUUGCUAACUGACUAGAUGCAGGUGAGGUUCUGAUAAAAGG